AUGUUUGGCCGUAAUAUCGCUCACCUAUUAUGGACGAAUGUGCUUGUAUUGUACGCUCGGUAUACGAUCAAAGAUUGUGGUCAAAGCAAAGUAUGUGUACGAGCACCGCCGGGAUGUAAUGGUGUAGAUGAUUGUACGGUCAUAUUCAGUUUUCGGGGUGACGGAGCAGAGGUGGAAUUAGAACUGCUGGGUAAACCUCCAACGGAACCAUCGGAAGGUUUCGGGCAUAUAUCCGCAAUAAUUUCAGACGACCAAACUUUGGAUCAUGGAAUCGUAUAUUUUUGCGCAAGAUGUAAAGAGUUUGUUAAAGGAGGUUUAGGUGUUAAAACUUCCCAAGGAUUGCGGCAGAUAGGGGUGUCGGAGCACGAUGACGAAGGACUAUCGUUGACAGCUACUAGCACAGAUAAUUUGCUAUAUUGCAAAACUCGCCAAGCGGAGGAUGUGCGCGAAGCGUUCUUUUUGGAAAAUUUCACCAUUGCACUGGCCACAGGAACCUUCAGUGAAAUUGACUUGUGCCGUGAAAAUUACGCAAAAGAUGUCUAUAAAUCAUCUUCUACAUCUUCUCGUAGCACAGAGCAGGAGCAUCGCCCUACUACCGCUCCAAACGAAGCUGCUAUCGCAUCGGCUUUCGGACGACUAUGGUCAACGAUAGCUCCAGGCAAGUUUGUCUGUACUCUUUUUGAAAAUGCUUACUCAAAAACAGACAAUCAGAGUUCAAAACAAGUGAGAGACCUGCAACCGAAUGAAAUGUUGCUGGACCAUUUCUUGUCAAUACUAAUCCAAGAAAAUACUGAAAGCACGUUUUGGAUGGGCGCUUCUGGGUGCAUCAUCACUUUGCAACCGUCUCGUGCUUCCUACAAACGGCCUCUCUCCGAUAUAAGAAUGCCAUCGUAA